AUGGAUGACGAUGAUGAUAAUGAUGACGAUGUCGACGACUACGACGACAACGGCGACGUCGAUGUUGAUGUCGAUGUCGACGACGACGACAACGACAACAACAACAACAACAACAACAACAACAACGAUGAUGAUGAUAAGGCAGUGGGCCAAAUCGAGAGGGUGCAUGAGAAGAGGCUCGACAGUAGGAGAAAUGGAGAGAGACAGACGGACAAAGAGAGGGAAUAA